AUGGCUUUCCAGGCACUCCUUUUGAGUGUCACGGCGGCGCUGCUGUGUGCCUCGUCACUUCAGGCGUAUGUUGUGCCUUUCCAGGCCAACCCUGAUCAAGCUAGAGGAGAUUUGGCAGCUGCGCAGGCGUUCCGUCUCGCCGGUCGAUCGCUUGGCGAUCUUUCGCAAGGUUCGGUGUCUGUGCCCGUCUACAAGAGGCAUGGCGGACUUCACCCCGACAUCACCAAGCGCGACCCGGAAAAGACCAAAAAGUGGGCUCUACGACAGGCCGAAGUUAUGAAGAGCAAGUUCUCCGCUUCCAACUCACACCAGAAGCGUCAAACGAUCGGAUUGACCGAUGUGGGUCCAGACAAUUAUUACUUCGCUCAAGUAUCCGUCGGAACCCCCGCACAAAACUUCAAUGUCGUUCUUGACACCGGCUCAGCCGAUUUCUGGCUCGUAGACUCGGAUUGCGGUACGGCGCAGAACUGCGACUCUGACUUGAACAAGUACGAUACCUCUGCUUCUUCCACCAACAUUGGCUCCAAUACUCCCUUCACUAUCACUUACGGUACCGGCGCCGUCCGAGGUGUGCUCGCCGCCGACAAGGUUUCGUUGGCGGGAUACACUGUCAACAACCUCACCUUUGCCGAGGCUAGUGCCGUCGCUUCGAACACGGUCGAAUAUCCUACCUCGGGUAUCAUGGGCAUGGGCUUCCAGUCCCUCUCCACCAGCGGUGCUACACCCUUCUGGCAGGUGCUGGAAAAGCAGAACGUGCUCCAGACCAACGCUUUCACCUUCCAGCUCGCACGGAACAUCGACAACCUCAAUCCCAAUGACCCCAACAUUAACGAUAUUCAGAGUCCUGGUGGCGUCUUUACACUUGGUCAGAUCGACACGAACCAAUACAGCGGCGACAUCACGUACACCAACAUCCCCAACAACCUUCAGAACCAGCAGGGCUUGGGAUAUUGGACUAUCCCUCUCCAAGGCAUUACUGUCAACGGCAACUCGGCCAGCAUCGGCAGCAACCCACUCGCCGCCAUCGAUACGGGUACAACGCUCAUCGGCGGUCCAUCUUUGGCCAUCCGCGCUUUCUACUCGCAGAUUAGCGGCUCGCGCUCGGUCAGCAGCGCUGACAUGCCUGGCUACUACCUCUUCCCGUGCAGUGCCAACCUCAACAUCCAGUUGACCUUCGGCGGUAAGAGCUGGUCCAUGAACCCGCAGGAUUUCAACUUGGGCUCUUACCCUUACACCAACUCACAGACAUGUCUCGGUGCGCUGUUCGAGAUCGACCUCGGUUCGAGGCAGUACGGCGUUCCUCAGUGGAUCGUCGGUGACUCGUUCCUCAAGAAUGUCUUUUCCGUGUUUGAUGGCGCCGGAAGGAUCGGCUUUGCAAGCUUGAAGGGCACUGAAGCGCAAAUCGUCUCGGUCACCUCCGGUGCUGUUUCAUCGCAGACUCCACAGCCUACUUCGCGUUCCAGCUCCAGCUCGAUGGGCGCAGCAGGCGGUGGCUUGCCUAUUCCGAAUGGUGCCUCCUCGUUCGCAUCCCAGGCCACCGCAAGUGGCGUGUUUGGUGGUGGAAGCUUGCCCGUGCCUUCGGCAAGCAGCGCCGUAGUAACCUCAACUCCUUCGCUCUCCGCUGGUUCGAGCAACUCCAACAGCGGAAGCAGCGGCAGUAGCAGUGGCUCGUCAUCAGCCGCCAGCUCGCUCAGCGCCAUGGUUGGCGUAUCGGCUGCUUCGGCAGCCGCUCUGCUGGCUGGCGCUGUUCUCAUCGCUCUCUGA